AUAAUAAUGAACUUGCUUUUUCAAGAACAAUGAAAUUAUCUCUACUGAUUCAGCUGAUAAAAAUUAUUCUGAUAACAUCGAUGAUUUGUUUAGACAGAUACAUUUGUCAGUUCAUAAAUUCCAAGAAAGUAGUUUCACAAAAAUGCAACUUCAUCUUGUAACGUUUCUAUUGGUUGUUGGCACAUUAACCAUCGAAGCAGGUAAGUAUUGCCCUGAUGUAAUCUCUUUGUUUAUAUUAUAAGCUAGAACGGAUGUAUUUUCAUUCUGAAAAAUAGCUACUACGAUUAGAUACACUUUAUGUAUUGCAAGCUUCAAUUGUUUCAUUUUCAGUGCCCCAGUGUGUUAAAAUUAGCCCAGCCACUACAGUAUACUUUCCUCACGAAAUUUACUGUUACAAAUUUUAUGAAUGUAGUGAUGGACAAGUCUACGAGAGAACGUGUCCAGACGAUCUGAAUUGGGCACAUACCAUAAAGACAUGCUCUGACACUGUCGACUGCAGAGAGAUGAAGCGAAGGGCAUAAAGAUGUCAUACUUAUGUUUUGAGUUAAUAAAUUAGUGAACCUCAAGUAUACGUAUAGCCUUUGUUUAUUUCUACUAAGUCUAUCAUGCAUUCCAGGUACUAUAUUUCUGAGGCAGAAUAGUUGCGAAGAAGUUUGCCCUUAGAUUGCUAACAAUAACGUUUUAUGAGUCAUUAUAUUCACAAUAAUAGCUGAAAUAGUCCUGUUUCAUAUUUGCCAGGGUUGUAUGAUCUUAGAUAUUUAUUGGAAAUAUGAUUGUUCUUCAUAGAACAACAGUUACUGUUGCUCUUUUCUAUAAAGUUUAAAAUUUUGCGAAUCAGCCUGGAAAAGACAAUUUCAUUGAGAAUUUUUUUGGAAAAUUAGGGGAGAUUAAGUACUUGGAGGUCAAUAAAAUUUAUUACACAUGAGCUCGCGAUGGUUAUGCCUGAUAAUACUUAUAGACCCAUGACCCAAUUUCCAUUUAUUUGUAAUCCACUAGCACAUAUUGAAAAUGUUUAAGUUUGAAACGUGCAAUGCCGAUAUACAAACAUAAACAUAAUUAAUGGUGCAGACUUUUGUUAUUAAAUCUAGUAGAUAGCAAAUUAUGGCAUCCAAGAAGAAGUGUUGAUGAUAAAAAAUAAUAGUGAAUAAUGUUUUUUCCCGCAGUGAUUUUUUUAAGUGUGAUUUUCAGUGGUUGCUUUGUGAGGAGCUUUUCUUCUUCAGAAAUGACAAACGUCCCUCCAGUGUUUCAUCAAGACAACUACGAUGACUGUAACCUUGAUAAAGGAUUAUACUGUAGUUUUACGUAUGCGGUAAAACCCAUCCAAGAAAAUGGCACAACGCUAUGGAGAACUAUUAAGGAACUAUCUUCAAAUCCGUAUAACUACAGACACGAUAUACUGAGACACAGUAUUUGCGUAACUAAGUCGUGUCCGGGAGUUAAUCCAAAAAGCUCCCAACUACUCGAAGAGAUAAAAGUAUGCUAUGACCAAAAAUAUAAUUCUUUGGGUAUAUCAGGAUCAAUAUCCAAUUUGAAAUGUGAGGGAAUAUCUUCAGAAUACCCAGUGGAUGGAGUUGACAUAUUUGUUGCAUACGUAUUCUUCAUAUACAUGGGAUUCAUAUUCAUUGCUACUCUUCUAUAUUCUAUAUGUGAUCUUCGAAAGAUAUUUGGAAGAAGAGUUGGUCCAAUAAUAGAGGCCUUCGCAAUCAUGAAGAACUGGAAUAGACUGAAAACGAUUACACCUUCACCCGAUGUGGAACGUCUAAGAUCUAUACAAGGUAUCAGAUUCUACAACAUGGUGUUGGUUAUUCUAACACACGUGGUUCUGUUUAGUUUGAUGGGACCGAUAGCAAACACGACAGAAACCGAAAAUCUGACCAGUAGAUGGACCACAGUUUUCUUAGCAAGUGGUCCGCUCUGCGUUUCAACAUUCUUCAUGAUAUCAAGCUGGUUACUAAUACAUGGAUUGCUAGAUGCUUUCAAGCAUAAAAAAGAAAUCAGCUUCAAGGUGCUUAUUCUAGCUUUUGUCAACAGAUAUAUCAGGUUAACUCCUACGCUUGCAGCAAUUAUAGCUUUUCAAGCAAGUUGGUUGAGGCACUUUGGUGACGGUCCGAAUUGGAAUCAUCAUGUUGGGGAAGAGUUCAUCAGAUGCAGGAAAAAUUGGUGGACGAACUUACUGUAUAUCCACAAUUUUGUGGAUCCAGGAAAUAUGUGCAUGCAAACCACGUGGUACCUAGCACUUGAUUCACAAUACUUCCCAGUGCUAUUAUUAACAGUUUGGUGCAUCAAAAAGUAUCCUAAAAUGAGGUGGCCGCUUCUAGGAGGUCUUACGGUGUUGUCGAUACUAGUGACUUUUUAUGAGAAUUACACCAAUCGGUUUCCUGCUCUCCUCAUGCCUACGCCAGAGUCCCUAUAUGGUAUUAAUCACACGUUAAAGAACAUGCAGUGGCAUAUCCAGUACAUAGGACUAUUUGGUAAUUUGGCAGGCCCCCUAGUAGGACUGUACUUUGGAUAUAUAUAUCAUAAUAAGAGAGAUACAAAGUUGUUCGUAUCAAAGAUUUCUAAGUGGGUGUGGUGGUUAGUUGUCCAUGUGGCAUGUUAUGGAAUCAUCAUAAUUCCAGGAAUAUUUUCUCUUGACAUAAAUAAAGAGCACUCGCCGUUUUGGGCAUCUAUGCAUGCAGCUACCGCAAGACUAGUCUUUGCAGCUGGGAUUGGAUUUGGACUUUUCGGGCUGUCGCAGAGGGUAGAGUGUUACUUAAAGAGAGUGCUUGAGUGGCCACCAACGUACGUACUUGGACGACUUACCUACAGUGCUUAUCUAGUCCACAUACCAGUACUACUCUUCAAAAUAGGAGUAUCACGAUCACCGACAUUCUUCAACGAGUUUCUUAUAUUCUUGGACCUAGGCGGGACCCUAGUAGCAACCUACAUGGCAGCACUGGUACUUACAAUCGGUAUUGAGAUGCCUACAUCACAGCUCCUAAAACUGGCCUUAGUUGACACAACAGAUGUAUCGAAUAAGAAAAAAUAAAAGUGAUUAAUAAAAAA